AUGAAGCCAACCACCAUUCUCUCCCUCGCCGCCUUCACUCUCAGCGCCAUAGUCACCGGCAGCCCCAUCGAAGACCGCGCGGCGGCGCCAGCCGAGACCUUCGCAGUCGACGACGUCUUUCUCGCGAAGUGCAACUGCCACUUCGUAAAGCACUGCCCCUCCAACGAUGUGGACAAGUGCUGCAGCCAGUACUACAACAACUACAAGGGCUUCAUCGGACAUACCAUGCUCUGCCCCUUUGUGUGGACGUCUAUUCUCUGA